AUGUCCAACCCAUUUGAUUUGUUAGGUAACGACGUCGAAGACGCUGACGUUGUGGUUUUGCCACCAAAGGAAAUCGUCAAGAGCAACACUUCCUCCAAGAAAGCUGACGUCCCACCUCCAUCCGCUGACCCAUCUAAGGCCAGAAAGAACAGACCAAGACCUUCCGGUAAUGAGGGUGCUAUCAGAGACAAGACCGCUGGUAGAAGAAACAACAAAUCAAAGGACGUCACUGACUCUGCCGCAACCAAGAAGUCCAACACUAGAAAGGCCACUGACCGUCACUCUAGAACUGGUAAGACUGACACCAAGAAGAAGGUUAACCAAGGUUGGGGUGAUGACAAGAAGGAAUUGAGCGCUGAAAAGGAAGCCCAAGCCGACGCUGCUGCUGAAAUUGCCGAAGACGCCGAAGAAGCUGAAGACGCUGGUAAGCAAAAGACCACUCAAUUGUCUUUGCAAGACUACUUGAACCAACAAGCUAACAACCAAUUCAACAAGGUUCCAGAAGCUAAGAAGGUUGAAUUAGACGCUGAAAGAAUUGAAGCUGCUGAAAAGGAAGCUUACGCUCCAGCCACCAAGGUCAAGAACGUUAAAUCCAAGCAAUUGAAGACCAAGGAGUAUUUGGAAUUUGAUGCCACUUUUGUUGAAUCCAACACCAGAAAGAACUUUGGUGACAGAAACAACAACAACAACAACAACAACAACAGAAACAACUUCAACAACCGUCGUGGUGGUAGAGGCGCUAGAAAGGGUAACAACACUGCUAACACUGCUAACUCUGCUAAUACCGUUCAAAAGAACCGUAACAUUGACGUUUCUAACUUGCCAUCUUUGGCUUAA